AUGACAAGCACCUCCUGGAAUUGCUUUGCCAAUAAGCGAAAAAUAUUUGAUCUAAAUCUUCAAAGUUAUUACUUGAGCUAUCAUGAUCCCGCUGAUGUUUAUUACUAUUUCCGGAUUUCUCAAUGGCCGAAAUAUUAUAUUAACGAUAUUCCAAAACAAAGCAGAACAAAUAAUUUAGUCAGCCCGGACCGGGAAUCGAACCCGGAAUCUUUUGGUUGCACACUAAGGGCUCUUCUAGUUCAGCUAUCUAAGACAUCAUCAGUAAUAACAUAUCAGUCACGUAAUAAUUUAUUGUUUAAUACGACAACAGAAAAAUAUUGA